AUGAAUACAAAUUCCGCGAAUAAAUAUUUUGUGAUUCCUAUAACUCAGGGAACUCUGGAAAAAGAAUUAGAUGAGACUUCGUCUAAAUCAGCGAAUAAAAAUAAGAAGAUAUUUCUUCUGGAUGAAGAUAAUGAAUCAACACAAAAAUCUCCAGAUGAUAACAACAAAGCAAAAAAAGAGUUAUGUAAAAAACUAAUCAGAGUGGAUGCUAUUGCAAAGACACUCUUUGCCGAUA